CGGAGAGACUAGUUCUACACGUCACUGCUUCUAACACCGGGCGUUCAUUCUUCGCUGGGUUCCGGUGAAGUGUCUCGGUGUUUCGCGGCUCUGCCAGCGGGAUGCAGCAUUGGACGCGUUUCCCGGAGUGCGCGGAGCGCUGAAACCGGAAGCACCGGAGAGAGAGAGAGAAGCGGGCGAGCGCGGGACCGCGUAAAGUGACCCGCAGCUCCCGACGGACUACAGACGAUCCGCUGAGCUGCGCUGCGCCGACACUCUUACCGGAGUCCAGCUCCCCCCGCACCGCACCGGCGACUCUACCGCCACCGAGCUCCCCCCGCGACGCUUCAGCUCCGCUCGCUAAUCCUCGCUCUUUGAGAACGCGUUCGACCUGCGCGUCCCGCGGAAGACAUGGACGGGUCACCGGGGACCGACACCGACACCGGAAGACGAAGAUGCGCCGGUCUGCUGGUCAUCUUCAUCAUGUGUCUCGAAGUCUUCAUCAUCCAGGCGUCUUCGCUUCAGUUCUCCGAAGAGCCCCAGUCUCAGGAUGCGUUACACGGCCGCAGUGCAAUCCUGCGCUGUGAGCUCAGCGGCCCGGUGGACAUGCGGUUCUGGUGGACGCAGGACGGCCGGCAUGUGGACGACUCGGACCGGCGCUUUCAGGAGGGCAGUAACCUGAAGUUCACCGCGGUGGACCGUCACGCAGACACGGGCAGCUUCCAGUGUGUGGCGUCCAGCAGCUCCACCGGAGAGACCGUGAGCUCCGCCAGCGCCUCCUUCAACAUCAAAUGGCUGGAGAGGGGGCCGGUCACCAUGAAUGAACCCGCCUCAGAGGCGGAGCUAGAGGAGGCUGAGCGAAUCGUGCUGCAGUGUCAUAUUGAUGGACAUCCACGGCCGAGCAGUAAAUGGUUCAAAGAUGGAGAUCAGCUGGACAGAAAGGACCGGAUCCUGACGCUGACCAACCUCAGCACAGGGGAUUCUGGGAUAUACUCCUGCUGUGCUCAAAAUGCUGCUGGAAAAGUGUGCAGUAACCACAACAUCACCCUCAAUAUCAUCGAUGAGUCUGUUCCCCGUGUGCUGGUGGCUCCGGUGGAUCAGGUGGUUCUGCGUGAUGAGGAGGCCGUGUUUCACUGUCAGUUCAGAGCCAAGCCGCCGCCGCUGAUCGAGUGGUUCCACGACGCAGAACCCGUCCUCAACAAAUCACGGUUUGUGGUGUACGCUAACGGCACACUGCACAUCAGUCAGGUGAAGCAGCGCAGCACAGGUGUGUAUAAAUGUGUGGCUCAGUAUGGAGAAAACAAACAAGUACAUGUGGAGGCAGCGCUCAGGAUCGCAGAGAUCGCAGACAUGGGCGAGCGCAUGUUCCGGGUUUUCACGGCGGGCCGCGGUGAGCGUGUGCGCUGUGAUCCACCGCAGGGUCAGCCGGAGCCGCAGGUGUGGUGGGAGCGUGCGGGAGCUCGAGUGGCGUCUGAGGGUCGAGUCCAUCAGCGGGACGGAGAUCUGAUCUUCAACCCCACAGACGGCCCAGACUCGGGCGUCUACACGUGUGUCGCCCGCAACACAGCCGGACAGAAGCAGCAGGAGCUCGUGGUCACUGUAGCCACCUCUCCAGAAUGGAUCGUUCAGCCGCAGGACACACGCGUCGAGGAGGGUCAGCCGGGUUUCCUGCACUGUCACGCACGGGGCACGCCUGAACCACGGGUCACAUGGUACCGCAAGAGCGUCCCGAUCAGUGAGGAGGGCUCUCGUUAUAAGCUCUUCUCUAACGGGACGCUGAGGAUCAACAGCGCAGAGCUGAAGGACGCUCAGACGUACAGCUGUGUGUGUGUGACGGAGGGCGGAUCGCUCAUCGGACACGCGCAGGUUCUCAUACUGGAGAAGUUGAAGUUCACGCCCAUCCCGCAGCCGUCGCAGUGUCUGCAGCUGGACCGAGAGAGCAGCGUCAGCUGUGUUGCUGCAGGACGAGAGACGCCCAUCAUACACUGGAGCAGAGCAGACGGCGCUGAUCUCCCGUCUCACGUGAGUCAGAUGAACGGAGUUCUGCGCUUCAGUACAGUGACCCGCGCCGAUGGAGGGAACUACACGUGUGUGGCGUCCAGCAGCGCGCAGGGAGAGAUACGAGUGCACGUCCAUCUCACUGUAGGAGUUCACGUGGAGUUUAAGCUGGAGCCGGAGCAGACCACAGUCUAUCAGGGUCACACGGCUGUGCUUCACUGUCAGGCGUCAGGUGACCCGCAGCCGUACGUCCAGUGGAUGCUCAAAGACAAACUACUCAGCAGCAGCAGCUCCAGCAGGUUUCAGAAGAUGCCCAACGGCUCUCUGGUCAUUAGUGAUGUGACCACUGAGGACACGGGCGUGUACACCUGCAUCGCAGGAAACACCUGCAACAUCAGAGACACGGCAGCGCAGCUCUAUGUCGUGGAGAAGCCUGUGCACCCGCGCAGUGAAGACGAGGAUAAGAGUCAGUUUAAGAUGUUCCAGACGAUCGCUCUGUCGGUGGCCGUGGCCGUGGCGUACAUCAUCGCUGUGCUGGGACUGAUGUUCUACUGCAAACAGAGACGCAAGAGCAAACGGCUGCAGAAGAACCGCGCCGGAGAAGAGCCCGAGAUGGAGUGUCUGAACGGUGUUCAGCUGAACGGCCACAGGGUGUCUGAGAUCCAUGAAGAAGUGGCUCUAAGCAGCAUGAGACCUUCAGCAGACUCCGAGAAACAGCAGAGCUGCGGUGACGAGCUGCACUUUCCCAGAGCGCACCUGCAGACCAUCACCUCACUGGGUCGUGGUGUGUUCGGCGAGGUGUUUCUGGCUAAAGCGAGGGCGAUAGAGGAGACCGAGCCGGAGACACUGGUGCUGGUCAAGAGUUUAGAGAGCCGAGAGGAAACGCACCGAUCUGAGUUCAGACGAGAGCUGGAGAUGUUCAGCAAACUCAAUCACGCUCACGUCGUGCGACUGCUGGGAAUCUGCAGAGAAACCCAACCUCAUUACAUGAUCCUGGAAUACGUGGAUCUGGGUGAUCUCAAACAGUUCCUCAGAAUAUCAAAAAGCAGCGAUGAGAAACUCAAGCCGCAUCCCAUCAGCACUAGAACUAAAGUCUCUAUCUGUGCUCAGGUGGCUCAUGGGAUGCAGCAUUUAUCAAACAGGGGUUUUGUGCAUAAAGACCUGGCGGCCAGGAACUGUCUGAUCAGCGGACAGAGACACGUGAAGGUGUCUGCGCUCAGUCUGAGUAAAGACGUCUAUAACAGCGAGUACUAUCAGCACAGGCAGGUGUGGAUCCCGCUGCGCUGGCUGCCGGCUGAGAGUGUGUUUGAGGGAGAGUUCUGCAGUAAGGCAGACGUCUGGGCGUUCGGGGUGCUGAUGUGGGAGGUGUUCAGUCUGGGCGAGCUGCCGUACCCCGCGCUCAAUGACCACCAGAUGCUGGAAGGUCUCCAGGCAGGUACUCUGCAUUUGUCUCCUCCAGUGAACUGUCCUGCUCACGUCUGCAGUCUGAUGAGCCGCUGCUGGGCGUCCAGCCCUAAAGAACGGCCCACGUUCAGUGAGAUCCUUCAGACUCUGACUGAUUCCUCCACAGACACCAAAGUCUAGAGGAUCACGACUGCAAUCAGAGACUCAAUCACACACAUUUCAGGCGUGAGAGUCUGCUUCGAGACACGCUUCUGUCCCAUUAAUGAUCUGUUUACACUAAUGUAGAAGCUCCUUCCUCUCGCUGGAGCCUCAGGGACUCCGAGGAUGACCGUUGACCUCUGCAGCGCUGGACAAUCGCAGAUCCAUCAGGUUACAGACGCAGGACGAGGUGCUGCACACACAUGAUGCUGGGAUCACGUCAUGCCUGCGGUUCACGUCACGCACUGGAAUCAGCAGUGUGUACAGAGUGUGUGUGUGUGUGAGAGUGUGUGUUUUCACAGGAUGAUGUCUUGUCACGAAACACAUCGUUAAUGGAAUUCAGUCACUUAUAUUUGGGAAACUGAGAGAUUAAUGAUGAAGUUAGAGACUGACAUACAAAGCUAUAAUACGAUUAACAAAUAUUCACUAAUUAACACGUGUGUGUGUGUGUGUGUGGUGUGUGUGUGUGAUAGAGAGAUUGUUCUUAAUGAUAAUAAGAUCUUUGUUUCUCUGAGGUGCUCACAGGUGACUGUGUUAUUGUAAUAAAUAUAUAUGCAAUGCCUCAGAUUGCGAACAUUUCUAAGCCAUGAUUAAUCACAUUUUAUUGUAAUUCCGUCUCCACAAAGUCCUUCUGGAUUGUUUUUCUCAAACACACGACCAACAAACUGAGAUGAUACACAAAUUACACUUAAAACUUAAGGUGUCAUGUUGAUGUGUUGUGAUUAUUGAUGUAGAUCAGCGGUUCUCAACCAGGUCCAGUAGGGGUUCUCAAAAACGUUAUUUAAAAAAAAGACAAUAAGCAUUAAAACAGCAUAAAAUCAAGCUAUUUCUUAUUUUAAUUCACCACUUAAACAACUGUUUUUGUCUAUUAAGAGCCAGAAAGGAAAACAUGAUUAUGUGAGGAACGCUGAUUUUAAAAGUGUGAUUUCUAAACCUGGAAAAGUCAUGGAAAUGAAUAACUUUUGCAUUACAGCAGAUAUUAUUGUGACGUCGUUUGAGGACUGCGUGAGCUUUGAUGAAGGUUUUGUGUGUCUGUGAUUUUAAUGUGGCCAGUGUUGGUUUCAUUCAGACUCCCGCAGCAGAAACACGUCCUGCACUGUUUGCUCUCAGUGGUUUUCAUCAGGUGAAAAGAUUAAAUCAACUUUGUUUUUUACAACUAAGAGUGCCUAGAACAUGAAGUUUUUUUUACAGUAUCUUUUGUAAUGCAGUUAAUGCUUGUUGUUUUUAACAACUGCUUUUAUAUAAUCGUUUCAUAUGUAUUUUUAUUGUUGUUGUUGUUUGUUUUUCAUCUCUGUGGUCAUUGUCUGUUCAUGGUUAUUUUUAAGGCAGGCUCUCACACAGUAACACUUUUAUAUUCUGCUUUAUAAAGGUCACAGUAAUCCAGAUGUAGUGCUGCUCUCAUUAAACAGUCACGUUUUUAACAGCAUUGAUGUUUCUGUGCUCC